AUGAAGUUGCAACUGAGAUCUUUUGAAACCAAAGAAACCCUUAAACUUGAAGUCCCUAAUCCCUGCACUCUCCACCAUCUUACACAACUCCUCUCUCAAAAACUCCCUUCUUCUUCUUCUUCACGUUCUUCUGCUAUAUAUUUCUCUCUCAACCAAAAAGACAACCUUACAAUUUCUUCCUCUGAAGAAUCUAUUCAGUCAACCGGAAUCACAUCUGGUGAUCUCAUCUACUUCACCACAAACCCUAACGGAUUUUCCAUUUCCCUUCUUGUCUCUCCACCACCACCACCACCCAAAUCAGAACAAUCUCAACAUUCCCAAACUCCAAAUCCCAAUUCCAGUCUGGAACUCCCGCCUUGCUUCAUUCGACUUCCAAGCGAACUGAAACUGAAGAUUCUGGAUUCCAUUUCCGGUGUUGAUGUUGCAAAUAUGAGCUGUGUAUGUUCGGAAUUGCGAUACCUGGCAUCGAGCGAUGAGCUCUGGAAACAAAAGUAUGUUGCUGAAUUUGGGGAUUGUAAUGGGUUUGGGAGUUUUAAAGAGAGAUUUGCAAAGGUUUGGGAAAGUCAGAAAAGGAGGAAGAGGGUUAGUGGGAGUAGGUUAAGUUAUGGUCGAUUUGGUCCAAUAUUUGUUCCGAGUAUGCAUACUUUUGUGAAUCACAAUAGACUGAUGUUUUCAAAAUUAUCAGGAAAAUGA